AUGGACCAAACCGAUUCAGCAGAAGCUUACCAUCCUAAGCGAAUCAAGCCAUGGUUCGUAGCGAUUCGACCGAUCCGUUACAUGCUCCGAGAACAGAGACUCGUCUUCGUCCUCGUCGGCAUUGCAAUCGCCACAUUAGGUUUCACAAUCUUCUCUCGAUCCUCCAACGAACCAAUCCCUUACGCGGAUCCACUUUCCGGUUACGGAAUGAGAUCGGAAUCCUCAUAUAUCCCGGCGAUUCAAGCCCAGAGGAAACCUAGCAUCGAGUACAUGACUCGGAUCGGAUCGGCAGGUGGAAAAAUCCCUCUAGGUCUCAAACGCAAAGUGCUUAGGGUUGUUGUAACCGGUGGUGCGGGUUUCGUCGGGUCUCACCUCGUUGACCGAUUGAUGGCGAGAGGAGACAACGUGAUCGUCGUCGACAAUUUCUUCACCGGUCGUAAAGAAAACGUGAUGCAUCAUUUCGGAAACCCAAAUUUCGAAAUGAUUCGUCAUGAUGUUGUUGAACCGAUCCUUCUUGAGGUUGAUCAGAUCUACCAUUUGGCUUGUCCUGCUUCUCCUGUUCACUACAAAUUCAAUCCCACGAAUGUGGUUGGGACAUUGAACAUGUUGGGUCUAGCGAAACGAGUCGGUGCAAGAUUUCUUCUGACGAGUACGAGUGAGGUUUACGGAGAUCCUCUGCAACAUCCUCAGGUUGAGACUUACUGGGGAAACGUUAAUCCCAUCGGUGUUCGGAGUUGUUACGAUGAAGGGAAACGUACGGCUGAAACAUUGACCAUGGACUACCACAGAGGCGCAAAUGUUGAGGUUAGGAUUGCUAGGAUCUUCAACACUUAUGGACCAAGGAUGUGUAUCGAUGACGGUCGUGUGGUUAGCAACUUCGUUGCGCAGGCAUUAAGAAAAGAGCCAUUGACUGUUUAUGGUGAUGGUAAGCAGACAAGGAGUUUCCAGUUUGUCUCUGAUCUGGUGGAGGGUCUGAUGAGGUUGAUGGAAGGAGAACAUGUUGGGCCAUUUAACCUCGGUAACCCUGGUGAAUUCACCAUGCUUGAGCUCGCCAAGGUGGUGCAAGAGACGAUUGACCCGAACGCAAAGAUAGAGUUUAGACCCAACACGGAAGAUGACCCACACAAGAGGAAACCAGACAUCACAAAGGCCAAAGAGCUUCUUGGUUGGGAACCAAAGGUGGCUCUACGCCAAGGACUCCCACUUAUGGUCAAAGAUUUCCGUCAACGUGUCUUUGGCGACCAGAAGGAAGAUUCCACCACUUCAUCAUCAACAUCGGCAUGA